AAACGUCGAAACAUGUUCUCAUUAUAUAACUAAAACACAAACACAACAUACGUUUUGUAUAAUUUUUACUUUUCACUGUAUAUGUAAUAUAUAGUUGAUAACUAAAUUUUAUAACAUUCCCGGCAUAAAAUUUUUUACAAAUUGUGUUUUAUUAUUCUUAAUAUUUCGGCUUUGUUUUUAAACAACACGGAAUUUGUGCUACUUUUCCGAACUGUCAUAAAUAUCUACAUUAGUGGAACAUAAAAAUGACCAAAUAAAUAAAAGAAAAAUAUGCUAUCAAAUAGUGAAGGAAACUUUUUCAGUCACACAGAAACUGAAUUGAUAAAUAGAAGGAUAAAAAAGAUAAAAAAAAAUCACUUAUUGAUAUUAGGUUAUAUCAGACAUAACCUCGAAAGAAGAGACACGUUUCAAUAAUAUGAAUUUUCAAGUUAAUAUAAAAACUAUACGAUAAAUUUUAUUUGCAUCGGCAUGAGCAAAAAUCGACGUUAUUUUUUAACGUCAAUACACAGUGAAACAUCGUAUUUUGUGAAUUAUUUCAAAUUUGACAGAAAGAGGUCAUGGAAAAUCAUUCGGCAUGUGCGAAUACAACAUAUUUACCAUUAGAUAGUGAAGAAUUAUUAAUUUCGGAGAAUCACAAUAAACAUCAUUUGGAACAUAAAAAAAGGGAAGAAUUGAUUUUAACGUCUGAUAAUAAAGGUGGUUUAGCAAACCCUAGAGCAUUAUUAUUUUUAAUACUAUGGUACGUCUUCAGUGGUUGUACCCUCUUUUUAAACAAAUACAUUCUUUCAUUUAUGAAGGGAGACCCUACGAUUUUAGGUGCGUGUCAAAUGUUGAUGACUGCAGUUUGCGGCUUUAUACAGAUGUACUUUCCUUGCGGUAUGUACCGAGCAAAUUCUCGGUUGAUGAGGCCUCCUGGAUUUUACAGGCAUAUGACUUUAGUUGGUUGUACGAGAUUUAUGACAGUGGUUUUAGGACUUGUAUCUUUAAAUUAUGUAGCUGUGAGCUUUACCGAAACAAUAAAAAGUAGUGCUCCUCUUUUCACCGUACUUAUAAGUAGAUAUCUAUUAGGCGAACAUACUGGCCUCUAUGUCAAUUUAUCAUUAAUUCCUGUCAUGGGAGGAUUAGCUCUAUGUUCUUUGAACGAAAUUAGUUUUGACCUCAGAGGUUUUAUAGCCGCAAUGGCAACCAAUCUGACUGAGUGUCUGCAAAAUGUUUAUUCUAAGAUGUUAAUUAGUGGUGACAAUUUUAAAUACACGCCUGCGGAACUACAAUUUUACACCAGUUUGGCAAGUGUGGUGGUGCAAAUUCCAGCGUCAAUUUUGCUCGUUGAUCUUGCAAAUAUCGAAAGUACCUUUAGUUUAAGGCUCUUAUCAGCGUUCAUUUUGAACGGGAUUUUCUUCCAUUUUCAAAGUAUAACGGCAUAUGUUCUUAUGGACUAUAUAAGUCCUGUUACUCACAGUGUGGCGAACACGGCAAAAAGAGCUUUCCUGAUAUGGCUAUCGGUCCUAUUAUUCAACAACCCAGUGACAGGCUUAUCCGCACUUGGCACAUCCUUAGUAAUUGCAGGUGUUUUGUUAUAUAAUCGAGCUCAAGAAUAUGACAAAUUAAAGAGCACGAGUCAAAGACUUCAAAAAUCCACGAAAAUCAAUUUACAAUAAUAAUUAGAUAACGAGCUUAAUACAUUCGAGUAGAAGUAAGAUUGUUUAUAUAGACCGAGAAUAAUGUUAAAAUCAAAGCGUAUUUAAUUAUUUAUUAUUAAUAUUAUUAUUACUAUUAUUAUUAUUAUUUCUAUUAUCAUUACUAUUAUUAUUUUUAUUAUUUUUUAUUACCUAUUAUUUUUAUUAUUAUUAAUUUUAUUAUUAUUAGUUUACUAUUUUUAUUUUUAUUUUAAUUAUUAUUAUUAUAAUAAUAAUUAUUAUUUUAAUUAUUACUAUUAUCGUUGAUAUUAUUACAAAAGUGAAAUUGUCGAGUCAAACAGAAUUGCACAAUAUUAAUUAAAAUUGCAAAUGACACUUUAAAUAAUGACACUAUAAAUAUUGCUUUUAAAUGACAUAAUAUAAGACAUAAUUUAAAGACACAUGUUUUUUCAAGUCUAAUUUUAAUGAAACAAACUUCUUGCCUUUCAAUUUUUUUUUCUAAUUUAAUGUUUAAUUUAUUAUUUAAUGUUCCGUUUCUGUUUUCAAACUUGUAGCAAUGAAAUUUUUAAGCAAAUUAGAUAUGCAUUAAAAGACAGUAUUUUCUAUUUCUGUUGAAAUGUAAUUUGUCGUUUUUUUUAUUACUUGUUUUAUGAGAUGGGAGAAAAGUAUAUCAAGAUGAAAAAAAUGAUUAUAUACGAUCGUAUUUCAAAACCAGUAUGAAAAGGUGACCACAUAAAAUAAGAGAAAAUGUGAUUUCUUUUGAAAUAAAAUAUUCCUGUUUCAUUAUUAUUGAA